GGCAGCCGCUGCCCGCUCACUAUGCUGGUGCACCUCCCGCCUUUUGGUGGGCCACGAUGACGGCGUGCUCUACAUGUGGGCCGUGCAGCGAUGCGCGCUUAUAAUGCGCCUGCUGCCCUGCGAUGGUGCUUUACAUGCGCUAACAACGCUCGCUCGUGGCUCUAUGCUGCUUGUCGCCUGUACUAGCGGCACUCUUAAGAUAUUCGAUUUCGAUGAUAUUUUCAGUCACGAUGCAUCGGGGAAAGAGUUGCCACCACCGCUGCUGUGGGAGGAUGGUGCGCACGACUUGGGCGCCCUGUGCGCAGCCACUAUUGAAGGAGGCGAGGUGGCCGCGUCGGGAGGCCACGAUGGCCACGUGCGACUGUGGCGAGUGGCACCAGUGCCAGGCCGUAAGCGGGGAGUGGUUGCUGCCGGGGUGCUGUGUGGGCAUACGGCCGCGGUGACAGCACUUUGUUGGUCACGAGGGGCCGCAGGGGAGCUGCUGGCGAGCGCUUCACUGGACCGCACCGCCCGACUUUGGGUGCCACUCACCUUAACCUGCCUACGCGUGCUACAUGCGCACUCUCGUUACCUCACUAGCGUUGCGCUAUCUCAUGAUUUGCGCUUCAUGCUUACAGGAUCCAAUGAUCGUUCGGUGCGCACUUGGGCCAUUGGGAAUUUUACGCUUGAUGACGACAUCGAACCUCCGUGUUUAGUUUUGUCGCACUUUGGUCUUGGAGAUCUCGCGGGAAUCGAACCAUGUGAACAUAUUGAGGACUUCUAUGAAGAGGACUUAAAAUCUGAAGAGGCCAUUGGAAGGGACGAUGGAUACAAUGGGGCAGAACGUGUAUGGAUUUUGAAGGAUGCACAAGUUGGAGCCAUUAAUUCGAUCGCUAUACAUAAAGAUCUUCUUGCGACUGCUUGUAGCGAUGGGUCAGUGCGAGUAUUCCGCUGGAGCGAGCGGCUACAGAUGUUGUCGUGCGAGCGCAUACUGGCGGCCCACCGCUACCCCGCCGUGGCAGUCGACAUCGGUGCUGGAGGGGCACUACUACUCAGCGCUGGACUUGAUGGCCGCGCUCGCCUCUGGGACCUACAGUCCGGUUGCGAGCUGCUAUCGCUGUCAGGCGAGAGCCUGUGCGGCGGUGAGGCCGGGGGCGGCGGAGUGCGCGGCGCCUGUAUUUCGACCCACCGGCCGCCGCUGCUGUUGUUGGCCACCGACGAUGGCGCACUCGCCUUGUGGAGCGUCGUGCAGCGCUCUUCGGAACCCUUACACGUCUACGAGCCAUUUGCGGAAGCAGCGACAUGUUGCGCUUGGACUAGCGAUGGGCGCCUUUGCGUCGUGGGUGGUGUCGGCGGCGAGUUGCGCCUACUGGCCCCGCCACCAACACCUUCUACACUGCGAGUGCACUCCGCUGCUCACGACCUGGGUGUGCUGAGCUGCGACUUCGCACCGCUAGAAAAUGGGAUCGAUACGAAUUCUUACAUGUUGGCGUCUGCGGGCCGGGAUGCGUUGGUAAAGUUGUGGCGGGUUUUAUUAGAGAACGAUUCAAGCGGAGAGGCACGAGUAAGUAUAUGCUUACUGUGGGGUGUGGAGGCACAUGGCGGGGCGGUGGAAAGCGUCCGCUGGGGAUCAGGAGUGGAAGGCGCGAGGCGCUUGGCCACCAGCGGCGCCGACGGAUGGGCGCGGGCGUGGCUCGUGUCAGCCGAGGGGCGGGCGCGUGCGGUUGCAGCGGUGCCGGCGGACGAAGGCACGGGCGCUAGCGCAGCCUCCUUGCUCGGCGAACAACUUCUGGCGACCGGCUCUUUGGCCGGCGAGCUUGCACUGUGGCGUUUGCCCACGAUAGAAUGCCAAUACGACGGCGAGGACUCGGACGAAAUUGUUGAGCCACGGCACUGGCGGAUAACGGGUGUACUGCGUUGGCUACGCGAGUACGUUACGCGCACACCUGAGUUCCGCCUAAACUCGAGCGGCGUGUGUCGCACCCUAGGAGCGCCGGUGAGCCCCGCGUGCGAGCGGCUGUUGGUGCAGCGCGCCCGCGACGCCCAGCUGUCGGGGCGGCGGCUGCUGGACGAGCCCCUGGACGGGUUGCUGGAGCUGCUGCUGCCGCGAGUUGAAACAAUAGAAGAAGUAUUAAACGAAUCAGAGAUAGAAAACACAGAUGAGAACAAAGAACAGAAUAAUCUAGCGAUUAAGUUAAAACAGAACCCAGAAGUUGAUUUAGCUUUUGUUGCCGAAGUAAAUGAUCUACGAACUCGACUUCACGAUGAAAUACAAUGGUUGCGGCGUGAUCUACCAAGCUUCGAACUAGAGUAUGGCGCGCCUCACUCACUGCGCUGCCCCCUCACGCACGCGUUGCUGAAAGAGCCAGCACGCGCUGCCGACGGAUUUAGCUACGAGCGUGCCAACAUAAUAGACUACUUCUUUGCUGUCGACGGCGCGGUGUCGCCGAUGAACGGGCGUCGGAUGCAAAGCGCACUCGUGGCACCCAACAUUGGUCUGCGGCAGCAGCUGCGCGAAUACCUCGCAGCUGGAGUUCCCUUGCAUUCGCAG